AAUUUAAGAGGCGGAUUUGUUUAUAUCUCUGCUUGCAUGUCAAACACUUAGACAUAAACCCUCAAAUUGAGUUUUGCUGAGUUGUACAUUGGCACUCUUAGGGCUAUAAAGUGUUUGGUUUUUUUUGUCUGAGUGUGUGUGAUUCCUUUCUGAUCAAAAAAUGGCUUCUUCUGAUGAUGAUGAUAGAGAUACAGUGAAGAGGCUUAGACAUUUGGGGAGAAAACUAUCCAAAAACCUAGCUUCUUCUGUUGAUAACCUUCUUCAAUUACUUGAUAAAUUGGAGCUGGUAUUAUCAAACUUGGAUCAAAAUCCAGCCAGGCCAAUUCAAGAAUCACUUGUACUUCCAAUGAAGACACUGAUUUCCGAUGAACUUUUGAGACACACGGAUGAUGAUGUUAAGAUUUCAGUUACAGCUUGUUUCACUGAGGUUGCAAGAAUUACAGCACCAAAUUCCCCUUAUGAUGAUGAACAAAUGAAGGAAUUUUUUAAGCUUACAGUGGCAGCUUUUGAAAACUUGUCUCAUGUAUCUGGCCGCAGAUACAACAAAGCACUUACCAUACUUGAAACUUUUUCAAAGAUUAAAAUAUUCUUGAUCAUGCUGGACCUUGAGUGUGAUGACCUGGUUAUUCAAAUGUUUAAAGAUUUCUUGAGAAUUAUAAGGGAAAACCGUUCUAGUAAUGUAAUUGAAUCAAUGGAGAUGGUAAUGACCGGGAUACUCGAUGAAAGCGAUGAUAUUUCCUCGGAUCUUCUCAGGCCUUUGUUAGAUAGCGUAAGAAAAGAGAACCAGAUUAUUUCACCGAUUUCUUGGACCUUGGGAGAGAAAGUAUUUACCAAUUGUGCGGUCAAACUUAAACCGUAUCUCAUGCAAACAGUUGAUUCCUCAGGAAGAGCUCUUGAUGAGUAUGCACAAAUAGUAGCUUCUAUUUGCCAGAAUCAAUCUGAAUCCCCGGAACGUAAUCAUUCAGCGGUGGUUCAGGCAAUUGAGUUUGAGAACAUUGUUGUUGUACCUAAAGAUGAUCAUGAAAAACCCUGUGACGUGACCAGUGGGUUUGAAACAGAUAACAUUUGUGUGAGAGAGGCUGAAAUUACGGAUGACACAAACUCAAAAAUAAGAAGUACCAACGCUGUUACAGUGGACGAUGGUACCAAUGCUGUUACAGUGGACAUUGAGUUUACAAAAAGUUCUGAUUCAAAAAGGGAACGACAUUCUUGUCCAAUUACGAACACCGAAAGACAAAAUACAAAGACAAAUUCUGAAACUGGCAAUUUAGAGUCGGUUCAGAAACAGAACUCCGAAACUCAGCUGGAUACUGUACCAAGGAAGAGAGCGCGUAAGCCUAAUUCUUUAUUGAAUCCAGAGGAAGGCUAUGAUCACUCAUGGAUUUCUAGAAAAUCAUCUCGAUCCAGAAAGGCUCGUGAUAACGGCAAAGCUCUUUCACCAUCUGAUAACUCUACUUCCAGUAAGGAUAUGACGCAGCCAAAGCCUGAAACUGUCAGUGAAGCUCUAGAAAACGGGAAUAUUGCAAAAUCUGCUCAACCUGAAAACCCCUCUGAUAAAAGUAGUGAUGUUCCAUCUAUUGAAAGUCCUGCUUCUACCAAGGGUUUCAGACCGUCAAAUUCUGAAGAUAUGAGCAAAGCUCAUGAAGCUUUAGUUUCGGAACCUAAAGAUGGAGAGAAUACAAAUGCUGUUCCCUUUACAAAGCAUACCAAUCUUGACGGAAGCUCCGCCAAAAGAUGCCGCCCGCGAAGGAAACUUAGUAGCAUUGGGGAUCAAAAUGAUCAUCCUAAUUCUGCGUCAAAAUUGAAGGAUGACAAUUUGAAUACUUUACUUGAGAAGACUUCGUUGGAAUCCACUGGUUCUAGGCUGAAAAAGAAAUCUGAAAAAAGGAAGGAUUCUGCAGUGACGCAUGAGGAACCCGUUAGAAACAUCAAAGUAUCUAUAAAGUUUGAUGGAAAAAUUGUUGUGCCUCCUGUGUCAAUAGUUGCUAAGAUGGAAUCUGAGGUUCUUUGUGAGAAUGAGGGGAAACACAAGUUGAGUACAGAUAUGAAGGUAGAAAAUAGAGAAGAAGGAUCAGAUCAUAUAGAAGUUAACAAACGGAGGAGACGAACUGCUACAUCUAAUAAAGGUUUCAACAAAUCAUCUGCUAUGAAGGCACAUGAACCUCAAGAACUUGGUAACUCAUUAGUUGGUAAAAGGAUCAAGGUCUGGUGGCCGUUGGACCAGACAUAUUACGAUGGUGUUGUCAAUGCUUAUGAUCAUGUCAAAGGAAAGCACAAGGUGUUGUACGAUGAUGGCAUGGAAGAACAGUUAAAUCUCAAAAAACAUCGCUGGGAACUAGUUGAUGUUAAUGUUUUACCCGAUGAGGCACAUGAACCUCAAGAACUUGGUGACUCAUUAGUUGGUAAAAGGAUCAAGGUCUGGUGGCCAUUGGACCAGACAUAUUAUGAUGGUGUUGUCAAUGCUUAUGAUCAUGUCAAAGGAAAGCACAAGGUGUUGUACGACGAUGGCAUGGAGGAACAGUUAAAUCUAAAAAAACAUCGCUGGGAACUACCCGAUGAGGUGAGUAAAAAAUGUAUAUAUCAUGCGUAGUCAUACUGAUACUACCAGGAUGCUUGCAGGGGCACAUGAUAUGUAAGUAUAGUGAGUCUGAAGAGCGGCGCUAAUGCCGGUGUUAUACUGUCUUUCACUUCUUAAUUCCAGUUUCAAUUGAAAGAAAUUUUGAACAAGAAUUUUUUUCAAUGGUAUACUUAUUCUUAAUCUGGUUAACUAUAUCUAUAACGGGAUUAAAAAUAAGUAUAAACAUUGCCUGUUACUGGUAUGAAACUCAACAUCAUUUUGUGACCUAGAACUGUAAACUUGAGAGUUUGACGACGUUUGUGACAAGUCUUUUAUCCCUACAUUGGCGUCCUUAAUUAAUCUGUAUGCAUAUUUCUUUUUUUGUUUCUUUCGCAGUUAAUGCUUAUGCUGUUUAUCUGAUUUAUGAAGCAUAUAACCUUAUACUAUCAUGUAUCUCAUAAUGUACAGGGCAGAAAAAAACAUUGAAAAGUCCAAGUUGAAGUCUCUUAAGGGUGAAACAAUCAAUUCAUUCUCCUGAUCUGGUUUGGUUGAUGACUACAUUGGAUGAAGCACCAAUAACAGCAAAAGAAUGAAGACUGAUUCACACAUUAAAAAGUACAUAGGCCUAUAGGAAAUGUAUCAAAAAACAAAGGCAUGUAGGAAAUAUGUCAAAACAUAUGGUACUUUCCCUUGGAAUGGAGCAUGUACAUCAUGUGCAUAUAUAUUGGAACAUAUGUUGAGAUAACAUACUAAUCCUUGUUGAAAAUAGAUUAAUUUUGAUGUAGAGAAUAGAGAUUAUAUUUUGUGUCAAAACCGUGGACAGAACCAUUUAGUGGUUUCUUACUUCUUUUUUGUUGUACUUAUCUGUUUGCUAAAUUGUCCAUUGGUUUUUU